CUGCAGAGCAGACAAAAUGGCACAGGCAAUAUUAUCCGGCUUCCAGGGAAAGCCUAUUAAUGUCCAUAAAGGACUGUUCAUCAACAACCAAUUCGUCUCAGCAACGAACAACCACACCCUCGAUACCACAAACCCAGCCAACGCCCAGAGACUAACCGACGUCUCAGCCGCCCAGAAAGAAGAUGUCAAUUGGGCAGUCGAAGCAUCCGAAGCCGCAUUUCGAGAAUGGAGGCCAACGCCUCCACAAACACGCGUGCGGCUUCUCUCGAAACUCGCAGACCUCAUUGAACGUGAUGCCGUCGACCUGGCUUCAUUGGAGUCAAUCGAUGCUGGCAUUUUAUAUGGAGAGUCGUUGCAGUUUAACGUUCCGCAGGCGGUGGAUACAUUACGUUAUUUUGCUGGAUGGGCGGAUAAGGGUGCUGGCCAGUCUUUGCAUAUUCCUGAUGGAUUGGCAUAUACACAACAUGAGCCACUUGGUAUCUGCGCAGCUAUCGUUCCGUGGAAUGCACCGCUCAUGAUCACAAUCUGGAAACUCGCCCCAGCCAUCGCAACCGGCAAUGUCCUCAUAAUCAAAACCCCCGAACUAACCCCCCUCUAUGGUCAAAAGCUCGCCGCCCUGAUUCUCGAAGCCGGUUUCCCACCUGGAGUAAUCAACAUUCUCUGCGGCGAAGGCAAAGUCGCAGGCCAAGCAAUUUCAGAGCACCCUAAGAUUCGCAAAGUCGCGUUCACGGGUAGCACCCUAGUCGGUCGACAGAUCCUGCGCGCUGCCGCAGAAACCAAUCUCAAGCGCGUGACGUUGGAACUCGGUGGUAAAGGUCCUUCUAUUGUAUUUCCGGACGCGGACUUGGAGAAUGCGCUAUUCUGGACUGCAUUGGGCAUCACGGCGAACAAUGGACAGAUUUGUGCGGCGGGAUCGCGGAUUUAUGUGCAUGAUUCAAUUUAUGAGCGGUUUCUUGAAGAGUUCAAAGUUAGGAUGUCCAAGACUGCUCAUGGAGAUCCACUGCUUGCGACAACUAACAAGGGUCCUGUGGCCAGCGUAGGGCAGCAUCAGAAGAUACUGGGUUAUGUUAAGAAAGCAAAAGAAGCCGGCUCAAGGCUUUUGUGCGGUGGAGAGGACCUCGACGGUAAUUUUGUCUCGAACACAGCGUUCGCUGAUGUCAAUGAAGACGAUGUCAUCAUGAAAGAAGAGAUAUUCGGACCCAUUGCAGCCAUUGCAAAAUUCAAAACAGAAUCUGAAGUAAUCACGAAAGCGAACAACUCAGAAUACGGGCUCAGCGCCGCCAUCUUUACCGAUAACAUCAGCCGUGCGCACCGAGUCGCAUCUGCAAUUGAAACUGGCCAGGUCACUGUCAAUUGCUGGGGCAAUCUUCAUUCGAACACGCCAUUCGGAGGUAUGAAGCAGUCCGGGUUUGGUCGUGACUUGGGGAAGGAGGCGUUGGAUGGUUGGACGAAUAGUAAGACGGUCAGCAUUCAUCUGCUACCAGUGGCGAAUGGGGAGUGCGCUAAGCUGUGACGUAGAUUGUAGCAUGGUAGGGUUGUAAGCCGUGGGGGAGGGGGAGGGGUUUACUUGAUAUCUUUUCAACAUGAUUAUCAGAUAGCCGAUCCUUUUAGCUCAAUUGCCGGGGUCGCUAUAGAAAUUGAUUCUCGUUUGCGGAAAUGGC